AGAAGAAGAAGACAUUGUCAUAUCCUGCAUCGACGUCAGCGGCUGGCUAGCAUGUUUGUAUUCUUCUGUGUUUGACAUGUUUGCAUGCUCGCUACUUUCUCUCCUAAUGACGAGCAAUUAGUGCAUUAUAUCCAUGGCCGGUGCAAAGUGCUCACCCGUUUGACGACGUGUUAUCUGCCCCGCUGUGUGUGUGUGCUCCUCUUUAAUCACGCCUCGCCAAUGUUGUGUGACUAAAGAUGGAAACAAAUGUACCCAAGAGACGAGACAACAAGAAAGCUCUCCGGGUGAAGGUAAUAAGCCUCGGGAAUGCCGAAGUUGGUAAGAGUUGCAUCAUAAAACGUUACUGUGAGAAGAGGUUUGUUCCCAAAUAUUUGGCCACUAUUGGAAUUGACUAUGGAGUCACCAAGGUGCAGGUUCGCGACAGGGAAAUCAAAGUGAACAUCUUUGACAUGGCCGGCCAUCCUUUCUUCUAUGAAGUGCGCAAUGAGUUCUACAAAGACAGUCAGGGUGUGCUGCUUGUGUAUGACGUCGGUCUCCGGGACAGUUUUGAUGCUCUGGACAGCUGGCUGGGCGAGAUGAAACAGGAAAUGGGCUCUCAAGCCAACAUGGACAGUAUUGUCUUCAUGGUCUGCGCCAACAAGGUGGACUUGAUGAAACGGAGAGUCGUGGACGAAGGAGAGGGCCGUCUGUGGGCGGAGUCUCGGGGGUUUCAUUACUUUGAGACCUCGGCACAAAGUGGGGAGGGUAUCAACGAGAUGUUCCAGGCCUUCUUCUCUUCCAUCACUGACAUGUGUGAGAACGGUGGGAAGCGUCCUGUGUCAGAAGUUAGCGUUGGCUUCACCAAAGAGCAAGCAGACACCAUCAGGCGUAUCAGAAACAGUAAAGACUCUUGGGAUAUGCUGGGGGUCAAGCCUGGGGCCACACGGGAGGAGGUCAACAAGGCCUACAGAAAACUGGCAGUACUUCUCCACCCGGACAAAUGUGUGGCCCCUGGAAGCGAGGACGCUUUCAAGGCAGUGGUUAAUGCACGCACCUCCCUGCUGAAGAAUAUAAAAUAACACAGGGAAUGACAUUAAAAAAAUACAAAGUUGACAACACAUAAUAGUGCAAAAGGUAAUGUACAGUAUGUAAGCAUUAUUGUCCAGUUUUUCCUGAAAGGGAGUGGGAAGAAGAUCAUUUAUUUAAUCCCACCCUCACUGAGUCUCUAUUCAGUCAUUGUUCCAUUGACUUCUACUCUUACUUGAUUUAAGCAUUAUUAUACAAAUGUUGUAUCAUGGUGGCACUAUCACAGCUAACUCUAAUUAUUACACUCUAACAAUCAUUUGUAUCAAUAAUGUAGGAAGAAUGAAUGUACCAACAAUGGUAAUAGACAACAUAACAACAAUGGUAAUAGACAACAUAACAACAAUGGUAAUAGACAACAUAACAACAAUGGUAAUAGACAACAUAACAACAAUGGUAAUAGACAACAUAACAACAAUGGUAAUAGACAACAUAACAACAAUGGUAAUAGACAACAUAACAACAAUGGUAAUAGACAACAUAACAACAAUGGUAAUAGACAACAUAACAACAAUGGUAAUAGACAACAUAACAACAAUAGUAAUAGACAACAUAACAACAAUGGUAAUAGACAACAUAACAACAAUGGUAAUAGACAACAUAACAACAAUGGUAAUAGACAACAUAACAACAAUGGUAAUAGACAACAUAACAACAAUGGUAAUAGACAACAUAACAACAAUGGUAAUAGACAACAUAACAACAAUGGUAAUAGACAACAUAACAACAAUGGUAAUAGACAACAUAACAACAAUGGUAAUAGACAACAUAACAACAAUGGUAAUAGACUACAUAACAACAAUGGUAAUAGACAACAUAACAACAAUGGUAAUAGACAACAUAACAACAAUGGUAAUAGACAACAUAACAACAAUGGUAAUAGACAACAUAACAACAAUGGUAAUAGACAACAUAACAACAAUGGUAAUAGACAACAUAACAACAAUGGUAAUAGACAACAUAACAACAAUGGUAAUAGACAACAUAACAACAAUGGUAAUAGACAACAUAACAACAAUGGUAAUAGACAACAUAACAACAACAGUCCAGACAGUAGAGCACAUAGUCACAAGACAGAAAACCUAAAAAAAAAUGUCUUGAAAAUGCACGAUAAAACUAAUUGAAAAUAAA